AUGACGGGCUGUGAAAGGCACCACGAUCAGGUCGACAAAGACGAGAGUCUAGCAGCAGUACCGUGCACAGGUGUGGUUGCCAACACGCUCUCUCCACGGGAGAAACAAGCGCUGAAGGAACUGUGGGCCAAAUUGCAUCAGGCCACCGUCAACGAACGUCCACAUCGCCUGUCACCAACUCCACCUCCAACCGAUGUCAGUGCCGACGGCGCUGGCUAUGAGAGAACGUGCAAUGUUCGGAUCACCGCGCCGUCUUCGCCAUAUGAGACGAGGGUUGCUACACAUCCACCGAUUUUGCGAGCACAGUCCCGGAGCGCAAUUCUGCAACCUACACCGCCGCCAACGCCGCCGACACCGACGGACAGCACAGACGGAAUCAACGAUGAACCGUGGACCAGUCUCCCGAAACGACCAUUGCCGGGGACCAUGGUAAGUCGCGACAGAGCUGCGUCCACGGGGUAUUACACAAAGACUGCUCCAGCACCAUCCCUAUCGUGCGACAACAGCAAAUCAUCGCAUUCACGGUCGUUCAGCGACCAAGUGAAGAAGGCCUUUCGAGGCAUGUUCACACGACCUCCCCCGGAUCCUGACGCCUUUGAACAUAUCGAAAAGAGGCACUGGACGGAAUAG